AUUUGAAACCAAUAUUCUUUGUACAGAUAAUUUCUGUUCUUUUUAUAGGACAUAUUAACAUUACACAAUAUUUACUCAACUAUUAUCCUGGCCUUGAUAUUGAGAAAAGGAAUGCAUUUGGAUUUACUGCACUCAUGAAAUCUGCAAUGCAAGGCCGAAGUGAAUGUGCCAGAGCCUUAAUAUUGGCAGGGGCAAAUAUUAAUGCAACAGACCCAGGCCGUGGAUUCACUCCUCAAGAAUGGGCGUGUUUCACAGGAAGAAUAGAAUCUGCAUAUCUUAUACAGAGACUUAUGGACAAGCCAUGUGCUGAGCAAUUUUGUGAUCAGUAUGUGCUUGAAUGGCCAAAGAUGAAGGAACUUCUUGCCAAGGCUACAGGUACAAAAACUUGCUUGCAGAAGAUCUCAGAAACGUUGAGGUCCAUUGUAGAUUUCAGAGCUUUCCAUAGCCCUGAAGAAGAUGGGGUCCUCAAUCACAUGGUUAGAACAACAACAAGUUUAAGAAGCUCUUUUGUUGCCAUAGCUUGUAGGACUGUGUGCCCUGAAAGUCCCCCUGCUGUAGGAAAACGUAGGCCAGCUGUGCAAGAAAUUCUUAGGAAACAAAGAGCUAAAGAACUUCAAAUUUUGGAGAAUAGGGAACAUUUUAAUAGCUAUAAGAAGUUGUUUCAGAAUUCUAGAAUUACAUUAGUGUCCAAAAAGAAGGAACGGAGGGCCAGCCUGCAGCCUUUCACUUUAAAUGUACCCCAGGUCAACAUUGUGGUUCCAAGGAAAACCAGCCUGUUGCCACUGCACUUGUUAAGAAGAAGCAGUGUCCGCCCUGGGAUUGUCAUCCCCAGAGUCCGUAUAAGUAAGGCACCUCGGCCUACUUUCCAGCCAGAGAAAGUGAGACCGAAAAGUAGUGCCAGUGAUGGGACCUACCUGCAGAUUCCCAAAUGGAGGUAUAAGGAGCUGAAGGAACAAAGGAAGAAGGCUGAAGAAGAAAAGAAAAAAGCUGAAGCUCAGAAACAGAAACAAGCGUCUCUGCAGAGAAAAAGAACUUAA